CCCCAAUUAACCACCACCAGCACCAUUCAGUAUAAGGACAACGUCUUCAUAAACCGUCCCAUCCAACAAAUGCUUCCCACAGCCCAAUACUAGCCUCCCCAGUCAGAAAGCCAAAGACACAGUCAUGGCGAUCACCCGCGUCGCCGCCUGCCAUGUAACCCCGCACUUCCUCUCCGCUACCCAAACCACCGCCAAAGCCGUCUCGCUCAUCCACCAAGCAGCAAAGCAAAAGGCGCAACUAGUGGUUUUUCCCGAGUCCUAUAUCGCCGCAUUCCCACUCUGGAGCGCCCUACGCCCUCCGACCGAGAACCACUCAUUAUUCGAACGCAUGGUGGCGCAAUCCAUCGCCAUCGACGGGGACGAAGUGGCCGCCCUCCGCACCGCCGCCCGCGAGACCCAUACCGUCGUGAGUAUGGGUAUCUCUGAGCGCAGCCCACACAGCAUCGCCUGUCUCUACAACACCAAUCUUUUGAUUGACCACACGGGUGACAUCGUCAUCUACCAUCGGAAACUCGUCCCCACGUUUUUCGAGAAACUCACCUGGAGCCCAGGGGAUGGCUAUGGAUUGCGCGUUGCCGAUACUCCCGCCGGGCGCAUCAGUGCCUUGAUCUGUGGGGAAAAUACUAACCCUCUCGCUCGGUAUGCGCUGAUGGCGCAGCGCCAGCAGAUUCAUAUCUCCAGUUGGCCGUGUAUUUGGCCGACCCGGGUGUUGGAUGAUACGGCCGAUGCAGCAUCCCGUAACUAUGACAAUGUGCUCGCGAACCGGCUCCGCGCGGCGGCACAUUGCUUCGAGGCGAAAUGCUUCGGGGUCAUGUGUAGUGGUGUGCUGGAUGAGGGGGCGAUUGAGAUGUUGGUGGAUGGGGCAAGGGAGCCGGAAUGUAUUCGCCGUGCCUUGGUGAAUUCCCCACGGGGGGUGAGCAUGUUCUUGGAUCCGACGGGGGCGACAGUUGAGGGCUGGACGGUGGAUGAGGCGAGUGGGGAGGUGCAGAAGAAGGAGUUUUUGCAGGCUGAGGAGGGUAUUCUGUAUGCGGAUCUGGACUUGAGUCUUGCGGUUGAAGGCAAGCAGUAUCAUGAUGUGGUCGGUGGGUAUCAGCGGCUCGAUAUUUUUGAUUUGCGGGUUGAUCGGACGCGGAGAGAGCCAGAAAAGUUUUCUGAUGGGGAUGAGGCUUAGGGUUGUGGUUUGGGAGGUAUUGCUCGAGAGCGCAUGUUUUGAACCAUGAUUAGGUAUACGAUGUCGUUUCAAUACUCUAUAGAUAUUUC